AUGAGAGCAGGCAGUAAACAGGCGGUUGACCGGCCGAACACGAUUCUAAAAAGAAAUGGAUUUGUAUUAGAAGACAAGAUUGAAUUUUUUUUUGAUUUAAGGAGGACAGAGCCCUCGGGAAUUUCCGCGUUGGAUGGAAAACGUCCGGAUGGCUGCACGUUGAUUCCUUGGAGAGCCGGUAGAUGCCUGGCGUGGGACGUAACCGUUCCGGGCACAUUAGCGGAACGGUACGUGCACUUAACCAGCAAAGAAAGUGGUUUGGCCGCAACCAGGGCAUCGGAUGAAAAGUUUAAAAAAUAUGAAGGUGCCCUGCCCUCGAUGGAUUUUUUACCUGUUUGCAUCGAGGUUCUUGGCCCGAUGGACAACAACACUUCAAUAUUUUUUAAAAAGAUUUGCAAAAUGAUAAGUGGCAGGUCCGGCGACGGCAGAGAGCUAUUUUUUGCCAUGAAUCAUAUAUCUUGUUUGCUGCAAAGGUUUUUGCGCGUCUGUGUUACCGAAAAUGUUCAAUUAAACGCCGACGUGAGCGAAUAA